AUGAACGUGUCCAGGGUUCAGACUAGUCCAAACGGUACUACUUCUGAUUUCAGUAUACGGAGGAUAUUGAGUGAUGAUUUGAGGAGCAGUGGUGACAGUUCUAGUGCUCCCAGCUGGGUCUGCUGCACCAGGUACCAGCCGCCACGACUACCACGCGCGAGUGGUACGGGCGGUGUGAGCCGGGCGCGGCGGUCGGGUCGUCACGCGCGGGUGCCGUUCUCGGGCACGCAGGCGGCGGCGCUGGAGGCGGCGUACGCGCGCUCGCCCUACCUCGCCCCACCCGCUCUGCGCGCGCUCGCCGCCGCGCUGCAGCUGAGAGAUGAUAGGAUCAAAAUAUGGUUUCAAAACAGAAGAGCGCGGGAAAGAAGAGAGAAGUCAUUCUCAGUGCACCAACCUCAUUCCAUCGCCUUGCCCGCCACGGUCGCACCGCAAAGGAUUCUCCCAGAAAAUUGGUCACAGAGGCUAGAAAGCACUUUGGCGGCGGACAGGAGUUGCGAAAGUGAUUCCGAAAGUGCCGGCACGAGCUUGUCCUGCAGUUGGCGGACAGUCAGCUCCUCAGAGGAAGACUCAGUCACCUCCCCCUCGAGAUGUGAAUCGCCAUUAGACGUGGAGAAGAUAGUAGAUUAAUUUAUUAUUAGCUAGUUUAAAAAGCUACAAAUAGCUAUGAAAAUUUGAAAAUAUUUGUAAUAUUAUAAUUCAUAUUAGA